AUGAAGCAUAUAUUUAGAAUAUAUCUGAUCUUAGGAGCAGCAUUCUGCACUCAAGGAUACAAAAGAUUUGGUCUGGAUUGUGAGGAUAUUGCCUGUGAAUUGGGCGAAAGAUGCACUCUAUCCCGGGUGCCAUGCACUGGCCCAGACCAACAGGAAGGAGUACAAUGUGGAGCUUACCCAGAGUGUCAAAAAGAUCAGCUGGCCAGGGAUUUCUCCAUCGACACCACACUGACCAUCGCCAACACCCGCAGUAGCAUCAUCAUACCCAGCACCAGCACGAAUCGCAAUCGGACCGACACGAACACGGAUACGGAUACGGACUUUGAGCUGCUGACCGAUUUGGGAAAUCCGGAUAAUUCCGCCACGCACGCGGGCCAGACUCAGGCCAAUGUCCUGGUGAUUGUACAGGAUGGGUCACAGCCUCAGCUUCAGCCGAAUCCAUGGCUAAAUCGCAGACAGAAUGUGCCCUGCACAGUCAAUCCCCUCUAUCCCUAUGCCUGCAAUUAUCCGGGCUACGUGCCCAAUACCGGCGUGGGAUUACCCUCAUAUCCGCAGGCAAGGUCGGGCAAUGGCCCCCAACUGGUUCCGCCCACGCCGCCCUGCUAUUACAAUUGCUAUCCCAGAGUGGGGGCCAGUCCUUAUGGACAAUACAGGGGAUAUCCCCUGGCCAGGUCGGCCAAUCCCUCAUCCACCAAUAACUAUUUGCUUUACCUUACACUGUCCUCUGCACCGUUUCCGGCGAUCGCCGCAAGUGCUGUACCAGCCGGUGGGAGUGCCGGCUCCUCUGCCGCCUCCAGGACAGAUCCCCCCGGCCAAAAACCAGAAACAGAUCUUUCUCGAGCUUCUAAUCGAACAACUCGUCAGAUUCCCAUGCCUCCAAGACCCAUGCCAAUGCCAGGACCUAUGCCGAUGCCUGGUGUCAUGCGUGUGCCAGGCCCAGUGCCAGUUCCUAUGAAUGUGCCUCCAGUUCCGGGACGGGCCUAUUACCCGCCGUAUAUGGGACAACCCAUGCCAAUGGCCGGACCAGUACGGGCUCCAAUGCCCAUGAUGCCGAUGGGGCCACAGCCUGGCGUUCCAGGUGUUCCCUUGGGGGGUGGAGGCUUAGGUGGAACUAGCAUUAUUGUGGAGCCUUUAGUUAUCCUGCCCAUGGGCAUGGGUGCAGGCAUUAAUCCCAAUCAAUAUUAUGGAUCCAAUGGAGCUUAUCCCAGCUACAACAAUUAUAAUCCCUACAAUACGUACACCACGGCACAGCCCUACUAUGACUAUAAUAAUUAUAAUAACAAUAACUACAAUAAUUACAACAAUUACAAUAACUACAGUGGGAGUAAUAACAAUUACAAUGACUACAACUCAUACGGUUAA